AUGGUGGAGAACAUUGAUGACAGCAACUUAAUUACAAGCAACCUUGGUGAGCUAUACGAUAACACAAAACAUGUGGAAAAUAGUAAAGCACUAAGUGGAUAUCGUGAUUGGAUUACGUAUUUCAAAAAUGUAGUACGAAAGGAGUUAGACGCUGAUUGGUUCAAAGUGCAGUGUGCUGUUUACAAGAAAGUUAGGGGAGGCAAGGUAAACUACGCCGAUUCGGAAUUAAAAUAUAUUUCAAAGUUGAAAGAGGGUUUAAGAGGGGUUAAUAUGACACUCAAAGACUUCGAACUGUUGAUAUUAUUGAAAGUUCGAAGCAAUCAGGAGUUUCAUGGGAAUGAAACUCAGGAACAUGCAAAACAAAGACUUCAGAUAUUUCCUGAAGAAAUCGGUUUCUUUAAAGAACCAUUACUAAAACUCUUUAACGCUCUUGAAAUUUGGAACAUAUAA